AUGUCGGACUCCAAGAGGAAGCAGCCCGGCUCGGGAGGCGGCAACAUGCACCCGGCAAAAAGAAGCAAGGGCGGAAAGGGUGCAGGUGCAUGGCAGACGCCUCAGCACAAGGCCAAGGUUGCCAGUCUCCAAGACAAGGGCGUCACCCUCGGAGUUGGAGACAAGGGCAUCUGGGUCACAUUCGCACGAGGCAUGGACGGGAAAGCAAUCAGCGAGUUUAAUAUGCUCUGCGAUGAGUAUGGUAAGACGCUGUAUGGUGUUGUCCCUCCUGGCGAAGAGAUCGAGUCAGACGACGAUGACGAGGACAUCGAGGCUUCCAUCAAGAAGGAGCUUGAAGGUAUCACUGCCGACAACAAAACCAGGUCCAAGCGCAGUUUCAAAGCUAUCAAGGCCGGCAUUGAAUGUGUCUUCUUCAUGAAGACGAGAGAUCCCGUUGACCCCGUGGAGCUCUGCCGCCGGAUAUGCCAAGAUGCCAGCCUUUGCACAGACUUGAAGGAGCGGAAAACCAAAUACAUCAACCGCCUGACGCCAGUGACUUUCGUCGACAAGGCAUCCGAGAACGGCGUGGCGAGAGUGGCCAGAAAGGCCUUGGCAGCCCACUUUGAGUUGACGGUGGAUGACACUUCCAAGGUCGCCGGUAACGAGGAUAAGGAGGUUCCGGGUGAAGCGGGGUCCGAGAAGGAGGACACCGUGGCAGAAGGGCCGAGGAAGGAUGAGAGGCCCGCAUUCACGUACGCCAUCCGGCCUUCGAUACGCAGCAACACCUCACUUGAUCGCGACGAACUCAUCAAGCAAAUCGCCAAGACCGUCAAUCCACGACACAAAGUCAACCUGACCAAUCCCGACAAGGUCGUGCUCGUCGACGUAUUUCAGAGUUUCUGCGGGAUGAGUGUCAUCGAGAGUAGUGACUGGGACGGGCUGAAGAAACUCAACGUCAACGAGCUCUACAAAGCAUCUCCUGGGGCGAAACCAAAGGAUGUUGCAACGAAAGAGCCGAAGGAGAAGGCGGCAUGA